GGGGGCGGGGUCGUGUGACGUCAUCACGCGGUGUCGGCGCAACAUGGCGGCGGAUUACUGGGAGACGAAGCGACCCGAACCUCCUUCAGACUGAACCGAGCCACGGAGAACCCGGGCCGCACCGGUCCCGCCUCUGACCGUGUUGUCUCCAGGCUGACGGCUCCGCCCCCGUCAGCGUCACGCCCCCCCCUGCCGCCCAGACCCCCCCUUAUGGAGAGGAUCAGGAAGCUGAAGCGGCAGCUGUCUGUCACUUUAAGAAGGGGCGGGGCCGGGGGCGGAGACAGAGCGCUGAAUGAAACCAGUACUCAGGAAGUGACAUCACACAGCGAUUCAGAGGUGCCGUCUCUUCGCUCCUCAGCGGCUCUGAAGGUCCGAGCCUCAUCAUCUUCUGUCCACUCGUUGCUGCAGUCGUACGGCGGCUCCAUGAGGAAACCUCGCGGUCUCGGACGCAGCCUCAGCUCCUACCUGAACCGCGCCACCAGACUGGAAAUUGUUCAUGAAGAUGUCAAGAUGAACUCGGAUGGAGAAAGUGAUGCACCUUCAUCUUCAGAUGAUGUUCAGAGUCCAGUUCGAGUCCGACUGAGGAACAAGAAGAUCUCAACUGAGGACAUCAACAAACGUCUGUCGUUACCGGCAGACAUCCGUCUUCCUGAUGACUACCUGGAGAAGUUCAGUGUGAUUGGCCCAGCUCUGUUUGAGCAGCCAAUCAGCAGGAGGCUCCGCAGAGUUUCUCUGUCGGAGAUCGGGUUCGGGAAACUGGAGACGUACGUCAAACUGGACAAACUGGGAGAGGGAACCUAUGCAACCGUGUAUAAAGGCCGCAGUAAACUGACGGAGAACCUUGUUGCUCUGAAGGAAAUCCGUCUGGAGCACGAAGAAGGAGCUCCGUGUACCGCCAUCAGAGAAGUGUCUCUGCUGAAGGAUCUGAAACACGCCAACAUCGUCACGCUUCAUGACAUCAUCCACACUCAGAAAUCCCUCACGCUGGUCUUCGAGUACCUGGACAAAGAUCUGAAACAAUAUCUGGACGACUGUGGAAACAUCAUCCAUGUUCACAACGUCAAGCUGUUUCUCUUCCAGCUGCUCAGAGGUUUGUCCUACUGUCAUCAGAGGAAGGUUCUCCACCGAGACCUGAAGCCCCAGAACCUGCUGAUCAAUGAGCGAGGGGAGCUCAAACUGGCAGAUUUUGGUUUGGCCAGAGCCAAGUCCAUCCCAACAAAGACGUACUCCAACGAGGUGGUGACGCUGUGGUACCGACCGCCGGACAUCCUGCUGGGCAGCACAGACUACUCCACCCACAUCGACAUGUGGGGUGUUGGUUGUAUCUUUUAUGAGAUGGUGACGGGUCGUCCUCUCUUUCCUGGCUCCACGGUAGAGGAGGAGCUUCACUUCAUCUUUAAACUGCUGGGUUCUCCAACAGAGCGGAGCUGGCCUGGAAUCACGUCCAAUGAAGAGUUUGUGGGUUUUAACUUUCCUCAGUACAGAGCAGAACGACUGAGCAACCACACCCCCAGGCUCAGCAGUGAAGGAGUGGAGCUGCUGUCAAAGUUCCUGCAGUUCGAAGGGAAGAAGAGGAUCUCUGCAGACGAGUCCAUGAAACAUUGUUACUUCAGUAACCUUGGAAAAAGAGUGAUGUCACUUCCUGACACGGCGUCCAUCUUCAGCCUGUCGGAGAUUCAGCUGGAAAAGGAAAGCAUGAGGCCGCCGGCAGCACCUGAUCCAGCUAACAGUCCAACUAGGAGGCGGAGUCUGCUCUUCUGAGGUGUGAAGGAGGCGGAGUCACCUGAAACGGAACUAAGACAGGAAGUGACAUUUUACUUUGAAGGAGUUCUGACUACUGAUGGGAGACAGAGAAGACACUAAAGAUUUCUGGAAUGUGAAGAAAACAUGUUUACAGAUGCAAUAAUAAAUCACAGCAGCUACCGACCAAUCAGACGGCAGCAUGUUUCAGAAAUGAACCAAUCAGGUUCCGUCUUCCAUUUUACGUUGACGAUUAAAAUCUCAAACAUGGUCGGCCUGGAACAGCAACGUAAACUCCUGCAUCACCUGCAAAAGCACCUCCAGCUUAUGACAUCAUAGUGAUGAUGUCACACCGCAGCAGCAGGCAGAACGUGGUCUGAAGACUGUUUAGGACAAUAAGAUCACAUGACGGAUACAGAGUUUACUCAAUUUAUGCUGAACAUACAACCAGGCUGAGGGUGCACGAUUUAUCGGGUUUGACGUCGGUACCGGCCGAUGUUGGGCUGGUUAGUAUCGGUAAGUAAAACCGGGCCGCUAUUAAUAACCAGUGGUUUGGAAAUGAUGGUGAAAUUAGUUUGUGUUGAACUGAAGCAGAGAAGCAAUAUCAGAGGUGUGGAAAAUAUAUAUAAUCUAUAUAUCAUCAGUAAGUAUUGAUUAUGAGCCUUAGCAGCAAUCAUAAUAUCGGGUAUCAACAAUGACCCAGAAUGUCAUUUCGGUGCACCCUGAUGGUCAUGACUAGGUUACAGAUACAGGUGAUCUGGCUGCAGGUGUUUCAUGUUAUUCUGAUACAUGUGAGAAAUAAGCCAUUUGGACUCUUAUUGUGAAGGUUUUAAGCCGUUUCCUGCUCUGCAUGUGUGUGUUGUGCACACAUUAUUGACUUAGGUGUAAUAAUGUUUGUGUUUUAUGAUAUUUACAGUAAAACUGCAGCACUUGGCUGACGUUGAACCAAAAGUUGGUUUAUUACAGGCUUAUAUCCACAUAUUGAUGUGAUUGAUCAAGGGGGGGGGGGCUGUUCUCUGAGGUCUUCCUGCUUGGAGUUUGCAUGUUCUCCUGGUCUAAGCGUGGGUUCUCUCCAGGUUCCUCCAGCAGUCCAAUCAGAGCUCAGAGGAAACCGGAGGCUCUAAUUGGCUGAUUUGAAUAACAUCCAGAAUCUGAUGUUCUGGGAACAAACGAGGUUCUUCUGAGUCUGGUAGGAUCCACACAGACCUGCAGUCGACACCUCAGGUCUCUCUGAGGUCUUUAAAGAAUCUGAUUACUUUAUUCUCAUCUUGAAGAGUUUAGAUGGAAGUUGGAGCCUCACCUGUAGAGUUUAAGGUGUCAGUGGGCGGGGCUGUACAGGUAUUCAGAUGUAUUCCUUUAGAGGCCUGUUGGUCGUAUUUUAUACUGUUGGCUGAGCUGCUGUUGGUCCUGAGGUGAAUCUCUGACAUGUAGAUCAGGUUUAGUAAUAGUGGAGAGCUCGUUAACUCCUAACGAGCUUUAGACUCAUUAAAAACUGAAACUUGAACUGUCAUGUUUGUGUUUGUGAGGCGAGGAACAAAGGGCCCAGAAAGCAACUCCUCUCUCUGCUGCAGGUCCCAUCAGGCCAAGGCAUGGAUGUUUCAAAAUAAAAGCAUUCCAUAAAAGUGAAGCUUUGCAUUAAAUUUAAUUGAUUUGUGUUGAUUUCUAUUAUUUUGGUGUUUCUCUGCAUGAGUUUGUUGAACCAUGCAGCUGCUGGUUUGUUUCUGGACUCUGGUGCAGAAUUAAAGGGAACCUCCUUUCAGCCACGUUCUCUCUGACUGUUGAAUGUAACUCCAAGCUGCUGCUGUGCUUGGAUGCCGAGGAAGAAGCACAGAUUUUAAUGAUCUAAUAUCAGAUGAACUCGCUUUUUCAGCAACGUGUCGAAAACAGGAAGGAUGUUAAAGUGGUUCCAGAUUCUGCUCCACACAUUUUCUAAAUUAUUGUUGUUUUUGACAUUAAACCAAAGUUCUCUGCAAUAUACUGAACUGCAUGAUGUUAUUCUUCCACUAAACUUUCAUGCUGGUAAUUUUAGAAAUCUUCCAUUUGCUCAGAAAGCACUGAAGUGUUUGUUUUACUUGAAUGAAAACAGGAAGUGGAUGUUGUUCUUGUAUUUAUCUGUCUGUACUCUGGAAAUAUAAACCCAACUGAAUAUACAUUAAAAGGUUUUAUUUGUUAUCA